AUGUCCGCAGCUUCUGGAGGCAGAUCUCACCGUGCAACUUCAUCAACGGUAGAUUCGGAUUUGAGUCUACAUCGGAGAGCCUCGUCUGCCUCCAAACCAACCGGAUCCAGCUUUGAUAUUGAAAGCAGCUCGUCAGAACCCAUGAAGGGUUCUCCCGCUAUCGCCCCAAUGACACAAAGCCAGAGGUCACGAUACCUGAAGACAGGUGGAAUCCUUGCAUUUAUAUUGUUCAUAAUAUUUGUGCUCACCCCUUCAUCACGGACGCCACAACUUCCCGUUGCUGGACCAGACUCGUCUAUGAAAUGCACGAAACCUCACGACUCCUCCAAACCCCUCAUCCAAUAUGCCUUAAUGAUCGAUGCUGGUAGUACGGGAUCGAGAAUCCAUGUCUAUCGUUUUAACAAUUGUGGCCCAACUCCGGCACUGGAGAGUGAAGAGUUCAAGAUGACCGAGAAGAAAGAGGGCGGUUCCGGACUCAGUUCGUACCGUGAAGAUGCUGAAGGUGCAGCCAAGAGUCUUGACCCUCUGAUGGAGGUUGCCAUGAAGACUGUUCCGGAAGAAUACAGGUCUUGCUCCCCUAUUGCCGUCAAGGCUACGGCUGGGCUACGAAUGCUUGGUAAGGAGAUGAGUGACAAUAUCCUAAAGGCCGUCAGAACACGCCUGGAAACCGUCUAUCCAUUCCCAGUUGUCUCGGAAGCACAAGGCGGGGUAGAAAUCAUGGAAGGUAAGGAUGAAGGUGUCUACGCCUGGAUCACGACAAACUAUCUGCUUGGAAACAUUGGUUCUCCAGAAGAAACCCCAACGGCUGCAAUCUUUGACCUGGGAGGUGGUUCUACCCAGAUCGUUUUCCAGCCAACCUACAAAGGGAAGGGACCAGAUGGCCUUCCUGAAAAGAUGCCCGAGGGUGAUCACAAGUAUGCCCUCAAGUUCGGUGGCAGAGACUUCAUUCUCUACCAACACUCCCAUCUUGGUUACGGUUUGAUGGCUGCUAGGGCGGCUAUCCAUCGCCACCUUAUUGAAACCAAGCACGAGCUAAGCCCCAACGACAAGGGUUGGCUUAAGCAGAAGGUGGUGAACCCAUGCAUUGUCCCUGGAAUGUCUCGCAACGUCACUGUUGCUCUCAGUGAUGGCCAUGCUCUGGGUAAGGAAGUCGAGGUACUCAUGGUUGGCCCCAAGGACCCCUCAGCCGCCCAAUGUCGAAAUAUUGCCGAAAAAAUUCUCAAAAAGGACGCAGAAUGCAACUUAUCUCCGUGCUCAUUCAAUGGGAUCCAUCAACCCUCUCUCCGCAAGACUUUUUCCAAAGAGGACGUUUUUAUCUUCUCUUAUUUCUACGACCGCACUUCUCCAUUGGGAAUGCCCGAAUCAUUUACCCUACAUGACCUUCAUGAGCUAACCUCGACCGUCUGCGGCGGCGAGGCUAGUUGGGGUGUUUUCCAGACCAACAGCACCGCUAUGGAGGAGCUAACUAGCCGUCCUGAGUAUUGCCUGGACCUUAAUUUCAUGCUCGCCCUCUUGCAUACUGGAUAUGAAAUGCCUCUGCAUAGAGAAGUCAAGACGGCAAAGAAGAUUGAUGGAAACGAGCUUGGAUGGUGCCUAGGUGCAAGUCUUCCACUUCUCAGCAAGAACUCCGGAUGGGAAUGCCGCGUCAAACAAAUCUCUUAA